GAUUCGAAUCGAAACCCAUUCCAUCCCGAUUGUAUAUCUUAAACUAAAAUGGAGGAGCAUCCACCUUCUCCACCAUCGAAGAGCUGGAGCAUCUAUACCCGCCGCGAGAUCACCUCAAAGUACGAAAUCUUGGAGCGUGUGGGCUCCGGUGCGUACUCCGAUGUCUACAGAGCCCGACGCCGCUCCGACUCUCUCACCGUUGCACUCAAGGAAGUUCACGACUACCAGUCAGCCUUCCGGGAAAUCGAGGCACUUCAAACCCUCCAAAAUUGCCCCAACAUCAUAGUCUUGCACGAGUACUUCUGGAGAGAGGACGAGGAUGCCGUGUUGGUGCUCGAGUACUUGCCCACGGAUUUGGCCGCCGUGAUAAAGGCUGCCAAGAAGGAGUGGGAGGGUGGGAUCAGUUUAGGGGAGGUGAAGCGUUGGAUGGUGCAGAUUCUGCGGGGGCUGGACGUGUGCCAUCGUAAUUCCAUUGUUCAUAGGGAUUUGAAGCCUUCAAAUUUGCUGAUUUCUGCAGAGGGGCUUCUCAAAAUCGCCGAUUUUGGGCAGGCUAGGAUACUUCUAGCACCUGUAUUUGUUGAUGGUGAUGCCUAUAAUCAGUUUGAUCAGCAGCCUUCUUCAAGUCAAACGGCUUUUGCCCGACCAGCUGAAGCUGUUCCUCCAUUAGAUAGUCAGUUGAUUGGAGAGCGUGCAGAACUGGGUAGUGAAAAAUGUGGUAUGGAACCUUAUGGUGUAAGAAUUAAUGACUUUUCUGGCGAUAUUGAUGAAGACAGUACGACUCAUGAUGGAGCUACUUCUUGUCUUGCCACUUGUGCCGCGAGUGAUGUAGAGGAUCCUUUCCAGCAAACUUAUUCUUAUGAAGCUGAGGAGGGUCGUAUUGAUGGGAAUGGUCCCCUUACCUCCUGUGUUGGAACUCGGUGGUUUAGAGCCCCCGAGCUACUUUAUGGUUCUACAAAUUAUGGGCUAGAGACUGAUCUGUGGUCAGUUGGUUGUAUCUUUGCAGAGCUUUUGAGCCUCGAACCACUAUUCCCAGGCAAUUCUGAUAUUGAUCAGCUGGGCAAAAUUUUCAGCAUUCUGGGCAAUUUGACGGAUGAAGUAUGGCCUGGUUGUGUCCGACUUCCUGAUUACAAGAUAAUUUCAUUUGGUAAAGUAGAAAAACCUGUUGGUCUGGAAGCAUGUCUUCCAAAUCGAUCUCCUGAUGAGGUUCUUCUUGUGAGAAAGCUAUUAUGUUUUGACCCAGCAAAUAGAGCUACUGCAAUGGAAUUGCUUCAUGACAAGUACUUGAAUGAAGAACCCUUACCAGUUCCUCUGUCUGAGUUGAGGAUCCCCUCUAGACAUGGGAUCCAGGAUGAGGAUUCCUCUGUUGAGUGGAAUGAUUAUAAGGAUUUUGAUUCAGAUUCUGACUUUGAUGAUUUUGGUUCAUCACACAUCACAACCACAGAUAAUGGUUUUUCAAUCCGGUUCACUUAAUGUUGAUUGGCAAGAGCGUGCCUUGAUUCAAUGGAGAUAUAGGCUUUAGAUGUUACACGUAUAUUUUCAGCGUUCAUCAAUCAGUUGGCUUCUGGAAUUUGAAAAGAGAAUGAAAUACUAUCAUAUGCAAGAAUUUAUAAAGAAAACUGUGGCCAUCUACUAAUAGCCUACUCUACUCGCCCUCAGACAUGAGAUAUAGUUAUUUACGUUUCUCGGCAGGCCGAGUGAGACACGGAAAAUGAGGACACCUGGUAAUGCCACCGAAAUUUAGUACUGUUCAUUUUUCCGUUUUUCUUUUUCUGGGUUUCUAUCUGUGCACGAGUCCAUGGUUUGGGUGCAAUCCGAAUUAACAAAACAGGAGAGCACUCUCCAGAGUCCGGUCUGCUAUGAUGAGCUCAAUAGAUUCCAUCUCCAUCUCUGUCUAGCUCUUGAUAAACAUUUUCUAAUUAUUAACUAUGGUUCUUCUGAAA